GAUCUUCAGCUAUCUAGUAGGCAUUUUAAACAUGUUCAAUAAACUAAAUUAUUGCAAAUUGUGAUAUUAAAAAAAAAAAAAGGGAAACCAAAAUAAAAACUAAAUUAACUGUGAAGAUGCGUAAGAUCUGGAAAAAGCCGUUGCACAAGCGCAAAGUCUGGGCAAACAUUUCGUGGGCGGGUCGCUUAGUUUACUACAUGCAACCUCUUGUGGAGCACUUGUUCGAUAUUUGGCUGCAACAAUUGCCAUUUCCCACAAUACUCAAAUGCAUUUAUACAUGCGGCCUGCUUUUCUUUCUACUGCUCCCGAUUCUAUAUCCGAUGAUGGUUCUGGGCCUCUACUAUGCCAUCUUCCAGUAUGUCGGCGAAACGCAUUGGGAUCUUGUAUUCCCACAAAAUUGGGAUUUGCUCAGCGCUGCAACAUAUUUGUGGCACUUUCAGGUCACCAACAAGAAGUAUCUGCUCUUUGUUACAAUGUACAUUGAACGAUAUCGUGUCAUUAUAACGGCUAUAUCCUCAACUGUUGACUAUAUGCGAAUGGCAUUAUGCCUUGUCUUUGGUUAAAACAUUUGCAUAUCUAUUAGAUAACUAAAUCCAAUAUUUCAAAGGUUUUCGGUUAUUACAAAACUGUUCAAAACUUGAGUUACUUCAACAACCAUUUUAAACUAUGCUUACAUAUUUUUUUCGGACUAUUUCAUUUUUUUUAUUUUUGUAUU